GUCUACUUGAGGCUCAGGAUACGACAGGAAGUGUACGUUCGUGGUAGUGUGGCAGCUGUGGGAGGACUGGGGAGAGGGGAAGAUCGAAAACAAAACAACAAUGUGCGACGAAGACGUGAGUCCCCUCGUGGUCGACAACGGUUCCGGGAUGGUCAAGGCUGGCUUCGCCGGCGAUGACGCUCCCCGCGCUGUCUUCCCCUCCAUCGUCGGUCGCCCUCGUCACCAGGGUGUGAUGGUUGGCAUGGGUCAGAAGGACGCCUACGUCGGCGACGAGGCCCAGAGCAAGCGAGGUAUCCUGACUCUCAAGUACCCUAUCGAGCACGGCAUUAUCACCAACUGGGACGACAUGGAAAAGAUCUGGCACCAUUCUUUCUACAAUGAGCUCCGCGUCGCCCCUGAAGAGUCUCCCGUCCUCCUCACUGAGGCUCCCCUCAACCCCAAAGCCAACCGUGAGAAGAUGACUCAGAUCAUGUUCGAAACCUUUGCCACACCAGCCAUGUACGUGGCCAUCCAGGCUGUGCUGUCCCUGUACGCCUCUGGCCGUACAACUGGUAUCGUGCUGGAUUCUGGAGAUGGUGUUUCUCACACAGUCCCCAUAUAUGAGGGCUAUGCUCUUCCUCAUGCAAUUCUUCGUCUUGACCUGGCUGGCAGAGACCUGACUGCCUAUCUCAUGAAAAUCAUGACUGAGCGUGGCUACUCCUUUACCACCACUGCUGAGCGAGAAAUCGUUCGUGACAUCAAAGAGAAACUUUGCUAUGUCGCUCUUGAUUUUGAAAGCGAAAUGAAUAUAGCAGCUGCAUCAACUUCACUUGAAAAAUCUUACGAACUUCCAGACGGCCAAGUCAUCACAAUCGGUAAUGAGCGUUUCCGUGCUCCAGAAUCACUAUUCCAGCCUUCCUUCCUAGGUAUGGAAUCCGUUGGCAUCCACGAGACCGUCUUCAAUUCCAUCAUGAGGUGCGACAUUGAUAUCAGGAAGGACUUGUUCGCAAACAACGUUCUGUCUGGCGGCACCACAAUGUACCCUGGUAUUGCUGACCGCAUGCAGAAGGAAAUCACUGCUUUGGCUCCCUCGACCAUUAAAAUCAAAAUUAUUGCUCCACCUGAGCGAAAAUAUUCUGUUUGGAUCGGUGGCUCCAUCCUGGCCUCUCUGUCCACCUUCCAGUCCAUGUGGAUCACCAAAGAAGAAUACGACGAGUCUGGUCCAGGCAUUGUCCAUCGCAAGUGUUUCUAAUUAUCAUACUAAACAAAUCAGUAUUCAAACUUGCCAUGUUCUCAUUUAUUCUCAAAAAUGAUAACGUACGGCGGAAUAAUGUAAUAUCUAUAUUUUUGUUAUUUUUUGUGUACGACAGUUGUUACCACAUAAGCCUUUUUUCAUAAACCGCAAAUAAAAAUACCAUGAGAAUA